AUGGCCUUGAUCGUGCGCCUGAAGACGGUCACCGACCUGAGAGGCAAAGGAGACAGGAUCGCCAAAGUGGCUUUCAGAGGACUCUCCUUCUACACCCGAGUGCUUGAGAACUGUGAGGAUGAAGCUCCAUUUGAUGAGACAUUCCGGUGGCCCAUCGCAAGCAGCGUUGAUGUCAAUGAGAUGCUGGAAAUCCAGGUGUUCAACUACAGCAAAGUCUUCUCCAACAGACUCAUUGGGACUUUCCAGAUGGUCUUGCAGAAGGUGGUGGAGGAAGGCCAGCUGGAGGUGACAGACACACUGAUAGAUGACAACAACGCAGCCAUUCAGACCAGCAUCUCCAUUGAGAUUAGAUACCAGGCCAUGGAUGGCACAGUUGGGGCUUGGAAUGACAACGAAUUCUUGGAGACCCCCAACGUGCGCUCGGACGGUGACCCCCAUGAGACGGACAUCCUACUCCCCUCUCACCGACAAUCUCCCAGCAAGACUAGUGCUGCAGAGAGGGCUCUCUGGAGAGCUGGGAAAGGAGUCUUUUCAGCCAUGAAGCUGGGCAAAGCACGUGUCCCAAAAGAUGACCACCACAGGAAGCAAGAUGAACCAGCCGUCUUGGAAGCCGAAGACCUGGACCAAAAAGCUAUGCGCCUGGGAGGCGGCUUGGACCCAGACACCAUCUCCCUGGCAUCAGUCACAGCCGUUACCACCAAUGUGUCCAAUAAGAGAUCCAAGCCAGAUAUUAAAAUUGAGCCCAGUGCCGGGAGACCGAUGGAUUAUCAGGUCAGCAUCACGGUCAUUGAGGCGCGGCAGCUGGUGGGGCUCAACAUGGAUCCCGUGGUGUGUGUGGAGGUGGGGGAUGAGAAGAAAUACACGUCCAUGAAGGAAUCGACCAACUGCCCCUACUAUAAUGAGUAUUUUGUCUUCGACUUCCAUGUUUCCCCAGAUGUCAUGUUCGACAAAAUCAUCAAAUUAUCGGUGAUUCACUCCAAGAACCUCCUGCGCAGUGGAACCUUAGUGGGCUCUUUCAAAAUGGAUGUAGGGACUGUUUACACCCAGCCAGAGCACCAGUUCUACCACAAGUGGGCCAUCCUGUCGGACCCAGAGGACAUCACGGCCGGGCUGAAAGGCUAUGUGAAGGUCGACAUCGCUGUAGUGGGCAAAGGGGACAACAUCAAGACGCCACACAAAGCAAAUGAGACAGACGAGGACGACAUAGAGGGGAACCUGCUGCUUCCAGAUGGCGUCCCCUCAGAAAGGCAGUGGGCUCGCUUCUAUAUCAAGAUCUACCGGGCGGAGGGUCUUCCACGCAUGAACACCAGCAUCAUGGCCAACGUGAAGAAGGCUCUCAUUGGGGAGAACAAGGACUUGGUGGACCCUUACGUCCAGGUGCUCUUUGCAGGGCAGAAGGGGAAAACCUCAGUCCAGAAGAGCAGCUAUGAGCCCCUAUGGAACGAGCAGAUUGUCUUCACGGAGAUGUUCCCCCCACUGUGCAAGCGGAUCAAGGUCCAGAUUCGGGAUUCCGACAAGGUCAACGACGUGGCCAUCGGGACCCACUUCAUCGACCUCAGGAAGAUCUCCAAUGAGGGAGACAAAGGAUUCCUACCGGCGUUCGGCCCUGCUUGGGUGAACAUGUAUGGCUCCACCCGCAACUACACUCUAAUGGACGAGCACCAGGACUUGAAUGAGGGGCUGGGCGAAGGGGUCUCCUUCCGGGCUCGUCUCCUCCUCGCCCUGGCGGUGGAGAUCUUGGACACCAGCAACCCCGAGAUCACCAGUUCCACAGAAGUUCAAAUGGAACAGGCCACGCCAGUUGCUGAUAACUGCACUGGCAAAAUGGAGGAGUUUUUUCUCUUUGGAUCCUUCUUGGAGGCCACCAUGAUCGACAGGAAGAAUGGAGACAAGCCUAUCAACUUUGAGGUCACAAUAGGGAAUUAUGGCAAUGAAAUUGAUGGAAUGUCUAAGCCCAUCUUCAGGAAGAGAAAAGAUGGUGGAGGGGAUGGCGGUGAGGAGGAAUCUCAGCUGCUAGAGAAUGAGAGUGAUGAGGAAGGCACUGACGAUGGGGAGUUUGUCCCUGUCUCUUCUACUCCACCAAUGAGGCCUUUGAUCACCGACAGGAACUACUUCCACCUGCCGUAUUUUGACAAGAAGCCUUGCAUUUACAUCAAGAGCUGGUGGCAAGACCAGCGACGGCGACUCUACAACUCCAACAUCAUGGAUAAGAUUGCAGACAAGCUGGAAGAAGGUUUGAAUGACGUGCAUGAGAUGAUCAAGACGGAAAAGCCACACCCAGAGCGCCGUCUCCGAGGGGUCCUAGAGGAGUUGAGCAGUGGGUGCCUGCGCUUUGUGACCCUCUCCAACAAAGACCAGAACCACUCCUCCCGCACGCGGCUGGACCGGGAGAGGCUGAAAUCUUGCAUGCGGGAACUGGAGACGAUGGGCCAGCAGGCCAAGACAAUGCGAUCCCAGGUUAAGAAAACCACCAUCAGAGACAAGCUGAAGCAGGCACAGAACUUCCUGCAAAAGCUGCGGUUCCUGGCGGAAGAGCCCCAGCACAGCAUCCCUGACAUUUUCAUUUGGAUGAUGAGCAACAACAAGCGCAUCGCCUACGUCCGUAUCCCCUCCAAGGACAUCCUCUACUCCAUCGUGGAUGAGGAGAUGGGCAAGGACUGCGCCAAAGUGAAGACCGUCUUCCUGAGGUUACCUGGAAAAAGGGGCUUUGGACCGGCCGGCUGGACAGUACAGGCCAAAAUGGAGAUCUAUUUGUGGCUGGGACUGAACAAGCAGCGAAAAGACUUCCUCGGUGGCCUGCCCUGUGGCUUUGAGGAGAGGAAACUGCCCAAGGGACAAGGGGUCCCCUCGUUCCCACCCAUCAGCCUCCUAUACACCAAGAAACAGGUCUUCCAGCUCCGUGUGCACAUGUACCAGGCCAGGAGUUUGUUCGCUGCAGAUAGCAGUGGCCUCUCCGACCCCUUUGCCCGGGUGUUCUUCAUCUCGCAGAGCCAGUGCACCGAGAUCCUCAACGAGACCCUUUGUCCCACCUGGGACCAGCUGCUGGUGUUCGACAACGUGGAACUGUAUGGGGAAGCCCAUGAGAUGCGAGACGACCCCCCCAUCAUUGUCAUCGAGAUCUAUGACCAGGACACGGUGGGAAAGGCUGACUUCAUGGGGCGUACAUUCGCCAAGCCCUUGGUGAAGAUGUCAGAUGAGGAGUACAGCCCGCCACGCUUCCCCCCUCAGCUGGAGUACUACCAGAUCUACCGGGGCAACUCCACCGCUGGAGACCUGCUGGCUGCCUUUGAACUGCUCCAGAUCGGCCCAGCUGGGAAGUUAGACCUGCCUCCCAUUGAUGGGCCCACAGACAUAGAUCGGGGUCCAAUCCUGCCCGUGCCUCUGGGAAUCCGCCCUGUGCUAAGCAAAUAUAGAGUGGAGAUCUUGUUCUGGGGACUGAGAGAUCUGAAGCGGGUGAACUUGGCCCAGGUGGAUCGACCUCGAGUGGACAUCGAAUGUGCUGGGAGGGGGGUCCAGUCAUCCCUCAUCCAAAAUUACAAGAAAAACCCCAAUUUCAGCACCUUGGUCAAGUGGUUUGAAGUGGAUCUGCCGGAAAAUGAGCUCCUUCAUCCGCCCCUGAACAUCCGUGUGGUGGAUUGCCGUGCCUUUGGGCGUUACACCCUUGUGGGAAGCCACGCCGUCAACACCUUACGAAAAUUCAUCUAUAGGCCUCCAGAUAAGAAAGCUCAGCACUGGAGCAUGGCAGCUAAGCUCAUGAACGCCUAUGUGGCUCUGGCAAAUGGAGGGCCCUACUCUCAUCCUGCAGGUGAAAUUGUGGUCAACAUGGAGCCAGAGGUUCCCAUCAAGAAGAUGGAGACCAUGGUCAAGCUGGAAGCGCACUCCGAUGCAGUUGUGAAGGUGGACGUGUCAGAAGAAGAGAAGGAGAAAAAGAAGAAAAAGAAGAAAGGAAGCGUAGAAGAACCAGAAGAGGAGGAGCCCGAUGAGAGCAUGCUGGACUGGUGGUCCAAGUAUUUUGCUUCCAUCGAGACUAUGAAGGAGUUACUUCGACAGCAGGAGGCAGCUGCAGCAGACUCUGAGGAGAAGGAAGAGAUGGAGAUGACUGACGGCUCGAAGGGCCAAGGGAAGACCAAGGAGAAAGGCAAGGCGCUCAAAGAGGACAAGAAGAAGAAACAGCAACAACAGCUGCCGGACGCUCCUGAGAAGAAGAAGCAGAAGAUCGAUGAGAUGAAGGUCUACCCAAAGGAGCUGGAGGCAGAGUUUGACAGCUUUGAGGACUGGCUGCACACUUUCAACCUUUUCCGGGGGAAGAUUGGUGAUGAUGAUGACAGCACAGCGGAUGAGGAUCGCAUCGUGGGCAGGUUCAAGGGCUCCUUGUGUGUCUACAAAGUACCACUUCCUAAUGACAUUACAAAGGAGGCUGGAUACGAUCCAAAUUUUGGCAUGUUCCAAGGGAUCCCAAGCAAUGACCCCCUCAAUGUGCUGGUCCGCGUCUACGUUGUAAGGGCCACUGAUUUGCAUCCUGCUGACAUCAAUGGCAAAGCUGACCCCUACAUUGUCAUCAAGCUGGGAAAGACAGAUAUUAAGGACAAGGAGAACUACAUCUCCAAGCAACUGAACCCCAUCUUUGGAAAGUCGUUUGAUAUUGAGGCCACAUUUCCCAUGGAAUCCAUGCUGACGGUAGCGGUCUAUGACUGGGACUUGGUGGGUUCCGAUGAUCUGAUUGGUGAGACUAAGAUAGAUCUGGAGAACCGCUACUACAGCAAGCACAGAGCGACCUGUGGCAUCUCCAAGACCUACUCCAUCCAUGGCUAUAAUAUCUGGCGCGACCCCCAGAAACCAGCUCAGAUCCUAUCCAAGCUAUGUAAAGAAGGGAAAGUGGAUGGGCCCCACUAUGGCCCUGGGGGCAGGGUGAAGGUGAUGAAUCGGGUCUUCACUGGCCCCACAGAAGUGGAGGAUGAAAAUGGUCAGAAGAAGCAGACCGAUGAGCAUGUGGCGCUGACGGUGUUGCACCACUGGGAAGAGAUCCCUCGUGUGGGCUGCCAGCUAGUGCCUGAGCACGUGGAAACGCGGCCCUUGCUGAACCCAGACAAGCCAGGCAUUGAACAGGGACGGCUGGAGUUGUGGGUGGACAUGUUCCCCAUGGAUAUGCCAGCACCGGGCCCUGCCAUCGACAUUUCGCCAAGGAAGCCAAAGAAAUACGAGCUUAGAGUGAUAGUGUGGAACACUGAUGAGGUAGUCUUGGAGGAUGACGAUUACUUCACUGGCGAGAAAUCCAGUGACAUUUUUGUCCGGGGGUGGCUGAAGGGGCAGCAAGAAGACAAGCAGGACACAGACGUCCACUACCAUUCGCUGACUGGCGAGGGCAACUUCAACUGGCGCUAUAUCUUUCCUUUCGACUACCUUGCUGCUGAGGAAAAGAUUGUGAUCUCCAAGAAAGAGUCUAUGUUCUCCUGGGACGAGACCGAGUACAAGAUUCCGGCCCGACUCACGCUACAGGUGUGGGAUGCCGAUCACUUUUCCGCUGAUGACUUCCUCGGAGGCAUUGAGCUCGACCUUAACCACUUCCCACGUGGCGCCAAGACAGCCAAGCAAUGCACCUUGGAGCUGGGGACUGGCGAGACGGAGGUGCCCAUGGUCUCUAUCUUCAAGCAAAAGAGGGUGAAGGGCUGGUGGCCCUUCUUGGCACGUGAUGAAAACGAUGAAAUGGAGAUGACGGGAAAAGUGGAGGCCGAGCUUCACCUAUUGACGACCGAGGAAGCCGAGAAAAGUCCGGCCGGGCUGGCUCGUAACGAGCCCGACCCAUUGGAGAAACCCAAUCGUCCGGAUACAUCCUUCAUCUGGUUCCUGAACCCACUCAAGUCUAUCAGGUACCUCAUUUGCACCCGAUACAAGUGGCUCAUCAUCAAGAUCAUCUUGGCCCUCCUGCUCCUCAUCAUGGUGGGCCUCUUCCUCUAUUCCAUGCCUGGCUACAUGGUCAAGAAACUUCUGGGGGCGUGA